AUGCCUCUCGCUGCCGUCGCCAACUAUCUGGUUCGGCGGGGAACGGACGGCUCUGAUGAGGACAAGCCGUUCCCUGUGCUCGGAUUCAGCAUCUUCGUGCUCACUCUCGUCAUCCUUGCCAUCACGAGCGGGUGUCUGGACUACAUCUAUGGCAAAGUCGUUGCUACCCUCGCUGCCGUCGAAGACCCUAACCCCGAUGUCUACGUGCGCAUCGAGACGGACGCUACCGUCGAGACCGGCAUCAACGACGCCGAACUGCCUCCCCCAAAACCCAUCACCCGUUCGCUGGGCAGCACGCUCGCUCAUCUCAAGUCUCGUGCUGGUCGUCUCUCCCGAUUCCGUGGCAUCCGCUUAUACCUGUUGAUCGUCCUGAUCGUCAACCUCGUGGCGUCGCCGAUCGCCGCCAUCCUCGGUGGAAGCUUGGUCGGUAAUGCCCUGGGACAAUUCAUCGCUGAGCUGCUCGUGGCAAACCUGCGAGUGGGCUGGAUUCAUAUCGUCAUCUCGGAGCCGUCGACAAAGUCGCUCUGGUCUCGUCUCCCUGCCUGGCGCAAGACUAUUUGGAAGAUUGCCCCGGCUGCUGCCAUUCGCUCCGUUGCUUCUCAGGUCGCCACCUUCGUCCCUCUCCUCAUUGCGUCCUCGAGCAGCCUCAUGGCGAGCCCUUCGGAUAUAGCCCCGACCACGUUUGUGUCUAGCGGUCUAGGUCUAAGCGCCCUUUAUCUCGCUCUGUAUGUGCUCAUCCAGAUGCCCGCUGAAGUCACAUUCAUCCGCGUGGCCGCGUCGAUGCUGCCAGAAGAUGAUGAGGCUAUUGUGCCCUUCGACCGUUCGUUUGGUGGAAAGGUCACACCUGAAAUCGUUGGUGGUCAGGGCAAGAUUGGCAUCGUUGACGCGUGGCGUUCGUUCAACUGGGGCUCACGCAUGCGAUUUUUGAACAUUGUCGGCAGAGUCUUCCUCUUGCAGAUGGCCGUGUCAUUCAUCUUCGCCUUGGUGCUCAUCUCGCAGGUGUUUCUCUUCUUCGCAGCCGGCCGCAUGCUCUCGCGCCAACUACAGCAGAUGCAGUCCGACAAGGACAUCCCCGGCAUCAGCUGCGGCCUAGUCAACGACAACAGCGUCUUCGAAUGGGAAGUCAUGCUCAUGAUAUCCGACGAUUGCAAAUUCUACGGCGGCGGGUUUUUUCGAGCUCGACUGAGUUUUCCUCCUGAAUACCCGCACAUGCCCCCGAAAAUGAAGUUUGAGACGCCCAUCUUCCACCCUAAUAUCUACGAAAAUGGGGAUGUCUGUAUCUCGAUCCUGCAUCCGCCAGAGGAGGAUAAGUAUGGAUAUGAGUCGGCCGCGGAACGCUGGUCGCCCGUGCAGACACCAGAGACGAUUUUGUUGUCGGUGAUUUCGAUGUUGUCGAGUCCGAAUGAUGAGAGUCCGGCGAAUGUGGAGGCUGCGAGGUUGUGGAGGGAUGAUCCGAAAGAAUUCAAAAAGCGGGUUAGGAAGUGUGUCAGGGAGAGUCUUGGGGAGGAUUAA